AUGGAUAACUCAGCCGUUUUUGUUCAAGGCUACAUGGUUUAUAUUCUGGAAGGCGGUCAGUUCAUUGGCAUCGAAGUUGAAUCUACUAGCAUAAAGCUUGAAACUCUUCUUGGUGUUGACUUGACCCCUGUUGAUGUUGCCCUAUGCUACAGCGUCUCACCUAGGAAAGUCUCUCAUUUGAUUCCCAGGCACAAGUCCUUGCCGGAAGAGCCUCAUUUCUUAAAACGGCACGUACUAGACGAAACCGGAAAGCCGAUUGAUCCAAAGUUGUUUUACAAGCAAUAUAACCCGUACAAAAGCCGGUCAAUGAAGUUUGCUGCUCUCUCCUACAAAGAGAGGUCUUCAAUUGAAAACAUCCACUUUCUCUCUGCUAUUCCCAAGAAAAAGGGGGCAAGUGGGAUGUCCUUGUUGUCUAAAAUCGUUGAAGAUUGCAAAAGGCUCGAAAAUGGACUGGUGAUGUUCUCUGCCAAAGACAACGAAAACGUCUUAGUAGCAUCACCAUUCCUUUGGAUCGAGGCAGACACUCCAUGCCAUUCUGAACUAUGUGGUUUGCGCACACCGACAAGUCUGUACCCAUGCCGCAAAUGUUAUGUCCAUUUACAAAGAUCCAUGCCCAACCUCCAAAGCUCUUCGUAUUAUACUGGUAGACACACAGCAAGAACAAAGGCACACUAUCUUGCUGUUGCGUCUACCUCGGGACAUGGAUCGACUAUUCCAGAUGCUCCUUUGACUGGAAAUGCUCUGACAGCAAGCAACCUAUGCUUCACAAAUAGGGCAACAGAUGCAUUGUUGGAACUACAGUCAUUCGAUUCAUCGACAGAUACUUCAGUUGAAGUUCUGCAUAACAUACUUCUUGGAGUUGCUAAAUUGUCCAAAGCCCUCAAGGGUUAUGAAAACUCUCAAGGAAUUUCAAGAAAGUUCACUCAAGAGUUACGACACUGUGGCUCAUUCCUUGGGAGGGAUUACAAAGUUCUUCUGCAAAUUCUACCCACUAUCUUAGUUACAGAAUUUGCAAAUAAUAGUAUACUCUCUCUCAUAACUCCAUCUUUUGUCCGUCUUGGCCGUCUUUGCUCCUUGGUGUUUGUUAAAGCAGUAAGGUAUGAUUAUAAUAUGUACAUCAACGAAGUUGAAAAGGCAGUUACAAGCCUUAUCCAAGAACGGCAUCAUUAUGUCAUUACCUGUGAAAUCAAAGGACAUAAUCCGUAUUCCUCAAAGCCCAAGGUUCAUCUGCUCACACAUCUGCCCGACGAUCUACAAAGAUUUGGAACUGCUCUACACUACGAGACCGAAAAAGGUGAGCAGUUUAACAAACACAUCCGUGAACACCUAAUGCAUACCAAUAGGUUAAACACCUCAAGAGAUGUAUGUCUCAAGUUCGCCAAGCAAUCUGCAAUGAGACACAUCAUUGAUGGUGGUUCAUGGGUGAGCAAAGACAAAAUGAGAGAGAAGUAUGGUAAUUCCACAGCAGAAUUUUUUAAAGAAAACUUUAACAACAAUGUUAAGAAUAUCCUGUUCGGUAGAUCAAGAGACUUUGCUGAUAAUAACAACACUGAUGACAUUACAGCAAAAGCACUCUGUGACAAUACCUUUGCAGUGUUCAUGCUCAAGGAGAGUAGAGACCAACAUGUCCAUCCAUUUAUUGGAAAGGUCUCCUCUUUGAGAGUAGAACACUAUUGA